AUGGCCGCUGCAUAUCCAGCAAAUACAAGUCCAAAGAAGAAGUCGGUGGUGGUGAUAGGAGCCGGUGUUAUUGGGCUCACUACUGCCCUGAAGCUGCAGAAACAUGAUGAUUAUCAAGUUACUGUCGUGGCGGAAAUAAUCCCGAGCGACCCCAAAUCGAUCAAGUACACCAGUCGGUGGGCGGGUGCACAUCACGUAUACAACCCGAUAAAUGACACGGAGCAACACUUUUUUGAAGAGGAGACGUUUAAAGUUAUGUGGGAACUAUCUGAGCCAGGGAAUGACGCCGAAGAAUCAUUUCUGCGGAUACCGCAGACGGAGUACUUCUUUGUGGAGCGGCCAAAGCCAGAACCUCUCGAGAAGAUGCCUCACCCUGAAGAACUUAUCCCAGGAGCUGUAUCUGGUUGUACAUUCACUACAGUCUCAAUAGACGUCCCGAUCUACCUCAACUAUCUUCUUACACGAUUUCUGGGCGCCGGUGGGCGCAUCAUGCGCGGCUCACUCCUACAUAUCAGUCAAAUUCUAGAAGGCGGCACGAGCUUGUUUGCAGGUGGCAGCCAUCUCGAUGCGCUGCCUGACGCGCUCGUAGUUUGUGCUGGUAUCGGCGCUCGGUUCCUUGGAGGUGUGGAAGAUAAAAACAUAUAUCCCGUACGAGGGCAAACAGUGCUCAUUCGUGCACCAUGGGUUCGAUUCGGGAGGUCGGAAACGCUCGACGAGAGCGGGGCGUGUACGUAUAUUAUCCCGCGAAGGAGCAGCGAUGUCAUAGUUGGCGGUACGAGAGGUAUCGACGAUUGGUAUCCUCAAGCUCGGCCAGAAAUUACUGAAGAUAUCUUGAAGCGUGGUCUCGCCCUCUGUCCUGAGCUUGCACCUCCAGAGGUACGUGCAGUUCGAAAGCCUACACUAGACGAUCUCCUGUCGCAUGUUGUGGGCCAAGGAUGUGGGCUACGGCCUGCUAGGAAGGGCGGUUUCAGAUUGGAACUAGAAUGGUUUGAUGGUAAGAAGGUUAAAAGGGAUGAUAGAAUUCCUAUUAUUCAUAAUUAUGGUUCAGGUGUCAUUGGUCUGACCACGGCCUUGAAGAUUCAGGAGAAAGGAUGUUACCAGGUUGAGAUCAUCGCAGAUGUCCUUCCUUCGGACCCUAAGACUGUCAGAUACACGAGCCAUUGGGCGGGCGCGCAUUAUGUUAGCUACCAUCCCACUGGAACUGAAGAAGCAGAAAUUGACCAUACAACAUUCCUCGAGAUGUGGGCUCUCUCAGCGCCUGGAGGUGAUGCCGAAGACUGUUUCCUUCGCUUAUCUCAAACAGAAUACCUGGAAAUGGAACAAGGCAAGCCGAGUCCCUUUGAACGUAUGCCUGGGGUGAGUCUCAACGUUAAGCUUCGGGACGAUUUUUCGAAGGUUAUCAAUGCAUCGCCUCAGUUCAGAGAAGUUCCGAAGGAAAAGCUCAUACCCGGAGCUAACUACGGGUAUACCUUUGAAACAGUCACGAUCGAUGUGCCCUUGUAUCUAAAGUACUUAACAAAGCGAGUCGUGGAGGCAGGAAUCAAUCUUGUAAAGGGGUAUGUGCAGCAUAUUGACCAAGUCUUGGAAGCCGGGACCUGGCCAUUUCGGGAGGAUAACAUUUCAAAGGAUCCCAUUUCGAAGACUUCUGCGCUCGAAUCAGCCCCAGAUGCUGUGAUAGUUUGUGCUGGACUGGGAGCCCGUUUCCUCGGUGGGGUAGAAGACCUUUCUGUGUACCCCUCACGCGGCCAAACUGUCCUUUUGCGCGCACCUUGGGUCCGUUUUGGUUGCUCACUAGAAACCGGUGACACCUGGACAUACAUCAUUCCGAGGAAGAGCGGGGAUGUGGUUGUAGGAGGGAUACAAGAUAUUGAUGAUUGGAAUCCAAAACCCCGACCCGAAACAAGGCAGGAUCUUUUGACGAGGGGGUUGUCGUUAUGCCCUCAGCUAAUCCCGCCCGAGAUUAGAGGAGACGUCCAAACAUCGGAUGUAAAUACCCUCAUCCCCUUAAUUGUUGACGAAGGAUGUGGGCUGCGCCCCAUGAGAAAAGGUGGCCCGCGUAGGGAACUGGAAUACCGGAUAGCAAGGGGAAGUGGAGAUAGAAUCCCUGUUAUAUACAACUAUGGGCACGGGACGCAAGGUUUCAUUCAAUCUAUUGGCUCUGCCAAAAUGGUGCUACGCUUGUUGGAAGAGGCGUGA